GGACGACUUCGACCAGGAGGAGAAGGCAAAGUUUGGUGAGCUGUGCAGCGGAGAGAACGGGAAAGGCAGGGAGUGGUUCGCCAAAUACGUCAGCGCUCAGCGCUGCCACUCCAAGCGUGUGAGUGAAGCCACCUUCUACAGACUGGUCCAGUCCUUUGCAGUGGUUCUGUUUGAAUGUUACCAGAUGGACGACUACAGUCCCGCCAAGAACCUCAUGACCAUGUGCUUCACCUACUUCUACAUCGGGAGGUCCCAGCCGUCUCCCUCAGAGUUACUGGACCAAGGCGGUCCACCAGCAGGUCUGGACUCGUACCUCACCAAGGCCAACUCAUGGCUGUCGGGGAAGAAAGACGCCGCCGAGCGUCUCCUUAAAACCACUUCAAAAAGUGACGUGAAAGGCUUCUUUGGAGGCCUGGAGAGCAAGCUGAGGAGCUCCAUGUCUGCCAGAGACGGCUCAGCUGAGACCAGGCCCAGAUCUCCAGUGUCAGAGGCUCCACAGGAGAAGAAAGGAGACAAGGUGUACCUGUACACUCACCUGAAGCAGCAGCCCAUCUGGCACACCUUACGGUUCUGGAACGCAGCGUUUUUCGAUGCAGUUCACUGUGAGAGGACGAAGCGGUCUCCCACCACCAGAGGAGCGCAGGAUGAAGAGAAAGACCAGAGGGAGAAGUGGUGUCACAUGACCCAGGAGGAGCGGGACGACAGCUCCAAGAUGGACGAGAACAUCGCCUUCGGUCAGCUGGGAACAGUACAAGCUGCUGAGCGAGCACAUCGAGAAGAUGGCGGCGGAGUGAACUUCCUGUCCUGGUUCGUGUUCGUGUUGGAAACCCCUCCCUCCAUCGUGUCCCACCGUGAGCGUCGAGUCGAGCAGCUGAUCCGAGCCGUGAGCCUGAAGAGAGCCCUGCAGUGACUCAGCAGAUCCUGCAGUGACUCAGCAGAUCCUGCAGUGAAUCAGCUGAAAUCUGAUGGAAAGAAGCAACGAAAACUGACAGACAAUCUGAGGUUUUUCUGUUCAUCAGAUCAAAACUGACACCAGAGUUUAUUUCUAGUUAAUGAUUUUAUUUAUUGGUAUUAUGAGACCCCCCCCCCUCCCUCCCCAUAAGUGCCUUUCCUGGUUUAACCCUUUGCAGCUCGAACUGAUGAGUUGUUGUUCCUCCAUCCGUCCAGCAGGAGGCAGUGAUUCUCUUCUGUAAAUAAUCCCAUCUUGUUGUUGUUGUUGUUGUUGUUGUUGUUGUUGUUGUUGUUGUUGUUGUUGUUGUUGUAAACAUAUUUAGAAGUGAUUUAAAGUCAUCAUGAGUGUUUGAUGUUUGCAGCUACAUUCAGUGUUUAUCCUCCUCCUGCACGACUCUUAAUGUUUAUGUCACAUUUUAUUUAAACUCUGGGUACCUGAACGCCUCGCCCCGUUACAGCCAGUAAGAACUUAAAGGCAUGGUUUGUGUGAUUUGAAGUUUUCUUGUGUGAAUCUAUCUGCACUACGUUUCCUGCUGUCAUCAUGUCUGAAUAAUUCACUCAAACUGAAGAAAACAAUAAAUAAUGUUUCAAACAAAAA